AUGGACGGCAAGAUAAAUAACUCAAACCAGUCUCUCAAGAACAAAACCUCUUUUGGUGGCUUAAAUAUUAUGGUUGUUGACGAUGAUAUCAUAUGUCUCUCAAUUGUUGCAGGAAUUCUUAAAACAAUGAAGUAUGAAGUUGUUACCGUCAAAAACGCCCAGAACGCUUUGAUCACUCUUCAACAGAGAAUGAAUUUUUUCCACCUUGUUAUAACGGAUGUGCACAUGCCGGAGAUGGACGGAUUCGAAUUUCAAAAGAAAGUCCAAGAAAAAUUCAAUCUCCCUAUAGUUAUGAUGUCUGCCGAUGACAAAGACACUUCCAUAUUAAGGGGCUUAGAGGCUGGGGCUGCAUUUUACAUCGUGAAACCUGUAAACUAUGAUGAUCUUAGGAACUUAUGGCAAUAUGCUGUUAGCUCAAGGAAAGUUAAAUCUGUAGUCAACUGCAAAUUUAAAAGUUCUCAAGGGGCAUCACUAGUUCAGAAAACAUCCGUUGAUGUUGAUAUAGUGUCUGUAGCACAAUUGAAUGACGAGAAACAGAAUAAGAGAGAUACCAAAAAUAAGGCACCAAUAAAGGUUAAUGAAGGCAAUGAAAAAGAAAAAGCUGAGAUUGUUACCACCAAGAAGACAAAAGUGAUCUGGACAACUGCACUUCACAACCGGUUCUUGGAAGCUAUAAGAAAAAUAGGCCUUGAAAGGGCUGUUCCCAAGAGGAUUCUUGAGGUCAUGAACAUGCCAGGAUUAACUAGAGAUAAUGUGGCUAGCCAUCUUCAGAAAUACAGAAUCUUUCUAAAGCGUGUAACAGAAGCAAGCAACUCCGAUGGAAGUAGCACAGGAAAGAACAUUAUUGAAAAAACUCUCCGAUCAAGCUUUGCCGCAGGGCAUCCUUCAUUGGUCCUUCGGACUCUCCAGCAUGGGUUCCCUCAGUUUGUGGACCAUCAACAAGUAGGAUCAUCCCUGCAACCAGGAUUCCUAGGGAAUAUCCAACCGGCCAAUGGUCUGGGCCAUGGCAGUGCACUUUUCCCUAAUCAGCAAGCUUCAAGUACUGACUUUAUACCUCAACUUGGGUAUGGACAAUUCCAUUCAAUGAACAAUCAAGAUUAUUUCCAGCAACAAACUCUUGGCAACACUAAUCCUCUCUAUCUAGCCGGUGGUGCCGAUAUAAGUUCAUAUCAAACUCAAGGAAGAUCAGAACUUCUCUCAAAUGCCAUGUCUAACAACAACUCCACUGCCAUUGCUGGGUCAGGUCAAAUGGGAUUUGCUGAUGGUGUAUCAAAUGGUUUUAGUGGCAGUUAUGUCUUGAGAAAUGGGGACAAUGGGAAUAUGGCUCUUGCAUUGGGGGGGAAUCUGAACUCUGGUUGUUAUCCUCAAGAAGCAUAUUCUUCAGCAGGGUUUGGGAGCACAAACCAACUCUCACCAAGGUUCCCUAAUGUCAUCCAACAGGAAUAUAAUCCAAUGCUUGGGAAUGUCUCUCUCCCGAAAUUCACUGAAUUUGGUCUUGAUGAAAUUUACCUUAACCAGCUCAACAAUCCAUUCUAUAAUGAGCAACAAGUUGGAGAAGAAGUUCAGAACCAUGGCUAUACCAUCCACCCCAAUCCUGUGCAACAGAACCCUCCUGAGAACCUACUUUCCUUCAACCAGAAAGAAUGGGAUGGAGGUAUAAGCGGCUACAACUUUGGCAAUGGCAUGAGUCAGUUCGAUAAGUAUUUUCUAACCUUUGAUCGGCCAUGCCCUAAUCAGCAACAAGGAGGUGGAGAAUUCCUGGACAAUGGACCCUACAAUGGCUAUUCGAAUGUGAAUCCAGCAUGGAAUCAGGGUGCUACUGAUGAUAUCAUGCGUUCCAUAUUUGGUCCUGAUGGAUAUUAA